CACUUUAUACUAUGUGUUUUAAAAAUGGCUUGACAAAUGUGCACUUAAAAACAUCGAAGCAAUUGUCGUUCGUUUAAUCUUGAAAGUUGAGUAAAGAGUAGUAUAAAAAGCAAAGUUUAAACGUUGAAAACAUUCAGUGCUUCUUUUUGACAAUUCUCUUAAUUAAACCAUGCCCAAUGUAAACACGUUUUCCAAAGUUGGGAAAGUAAUAUUAUUUGUUUUUAAUUAAUUAUUAUAAUCAUAGCUUAGUACUUAGUAAAAUGGGGAAGUUAAACGUUACGAUAUUUAGAUAUUUGUCCUAUGAAGAAUUUAGGGCUUUAACUGCGAUUGAAAUGGGUAUGAAAAAUCAUGAAUUAGUUCCUGGAGCUUUGAUUGCAUCAAUUGCUAAUUUGAAGCAUGGUGGUUGCCAUAAGAGAUUAAUGGAGGUCACAAAAAAUGGAUUAGCUGCAUAUGAGAGAGGAAAAAGAUAUGAUGGAUACAGGCUAACUAAUCCUGGUUAUGAUUAUCUUGCACUUCGUGCUCUUUCUUCAAGAGAUGUAAUAGCCGCUGUUGGAAAUCAGAUUGGUACAGGAAAGGAAUCUGACGUAUUUGUGGUUACUGACAAAGAUGGUAAUCAAUUGGUUUUGAAACUUCAUAGGUUAGGCCGAACUUCUUUUCGAAAAAUUAAAGAAAAAAGAGACUAUCAUAAACACAGAAACAGUGCUUCUUGGCUCUAUUUGUCUAGAUUAGCUGCUGUUAAAGAAUUUACUUUUAUGCAGGCUCUGUUCGACAGAGGUUUUCCAGUACCCAAACCAAUUGAUUUCAACAGACAUUGCGUUGUGAUGGAAUUAAUAAAAGGAUUUCCUUUAUGUCAGAUACGUGAAGUUGAUGAUGUUCCAGCUUUAUAUGAAGAAUUGAUGAACCUUAUUGUUAAUCUUGGAAAUCAUGGUCUCAUUCAUAGUGACUUCAACGAGUUCAACAUAAUGUUGGACCCUAAAGGAAGACCAAUACUAAUCGAUUUUCCUCAAAUGGUGUCAACUUCUCAUCCUAAUGCUGAAUGGUAUUUUGAUCGAGAUGUAACUUGUAUAAGGGAAUUUUUCAAAAAACGUUUCAACUAUGAGAGUGAAUUAUAUCCAACAUUUCAGGAAAUAUCGAGAGAAGAUACUUUAGACUUGACUACGUGUGCCAGUGGCUAUUCAAAAGAAGUUCAAGAAGACUUAGAAGAGGCUUUAGGUAUGAUGACAUUGGAAGAAGUUCCUGAGAAAGAUGAAACACCUGAAUCUGAAGGUGAAACACAAGAUUUUAACAAUAAGGAAGAAGAAACUACAAUAGAAGAAAAAAGGGAUCACAAGAUGAAAUCCAAAAAUGCCAUUUUAGAAAGAUAUCUUGAUGAUUCAGUGGAAGCUCUUAAGUUUAAUAGCGAUUCACAAUUUUCCGAAACUUCAAAUGAGACUUGUGAUUUGCCUAGUCUGCACAAUGAAGAAAAUAUCCUUUCUGAAGAACUUAAGCCAGUUAACUCUGGAGUUAUUUCUAACAAAGAAAUUAAUGAGAAACAUGAAGAAAUUUCAGGUGAAAGCCACUCAGAAAGUGAUGCAAGUGAAAACAGAGACGUAAUCAAGAAAACUAAAACGAAAACAUAUAGCAUACGUUCUGUGACAACUAUUCCACCAGAAGAGGUUAGACAUAGACUCAAAAAGCAACUUUCAAAACAAGCUAAGAAAACAGAGAAAAAAAGGAUUAUAAUUAAAGGUGAAGCUAGCGCCACAAAUCGUCAAAGAAAAUCAAACAUGGCGAAUAUUAAAGAAUGUGGUGUGUUUGCUGAAUGGUAAAUGUAAAAAUAAAAUUUCUGUUCUAUUACUACA